GCUAGAAAGUGACCGGCUGUGGAGAUAUUCAAUCUGACGAUGCCAUUUCGCUAUUCUGUAGUCGUGCGUGUCAUCAUUACGACUUCACGACGACGGAUUGAUACUAAAACCCCCACUUGCUUGAAGGCUGUUUUAAGAUAUUUAGGAAAGAAUUAUGAAUCAUGACAGGCAAAAGUCUUGCGCGACUCCCUAUGAAGGGGUGGCUAGCUUACCGGAGAUGGAUUUAAAUUAUUGGAGGGGCGCUGCGUUUAAUUGUACACUCAGGCUCCCAUCAACUUCGUACUUCCUGAAUUGAGAGGAACCUUUAAUCACAAUGAGUGCGAUGUACUCCCAUGCAGGCAGAAAAUCAUUGGAUGAACAUGUAGAGCAUCCUCAGCAUCCUCAGAGUCGUAGGCUAAGCGCACACCAACAAGAUGAAUCGACAAAUCGUCCGCCGAGUCAUACUCCUGUCGAAGUCGCAGCGGCCCAGCAUGCGAAUCUAGGUCCGGCGCGAAGGCGGUCGUCUGCGCCCGGAGCAAGUGGGGCCGCUACGAUUGAUCCUGCUGCAGCACGAACUCAUCGGAAGCCUCUACCGGAAAGACCGGGUGGGAAGGGUAUAAUGCAUAUUAGCAGCGCAGCUGGAGCGAAUAAGGCGCCUAUACCAAAGAAAUCACCGUUGAGGGCUCAAUUCCGCAAUGGCAUCAACGCCAGCGCCAAUACGAGGCAAGUGGCUCCGGAGCAGGAAGCGCCUAUACAGGAGGUAGUGCAUGUGGGAGGCGUCUCGAAUGCCGCCUAUGAACCUGGACGCAUGUUACGGCAAAAUGCUGAAUAUUUCGACACCGAUCGCGAUGGAAUCAUUUGGCCUAGAGAUACGUACAGAGGAUGUAGGAAACUAGGCAUGUUUCAAGCUAGCUCUGAAGGAUGGGGAAUCCGAUCAUCUUGCUUCGCUAUGGCCGUAUCUCACGCCAUAUUCUCGUAUCCGACCUGUCAGGGAUAUAUACCCGAUCCAUCUCUUCGAAUUCGGUACGACCAUACCCUCGUUGAUAGCCACACAUCGCAUAGCGAAAAGAGUUACCCGGGGCCUAAUAGCCCUUGCGAAAAUAUCCUUUCCACAUACGACAGCAGUGGUAAAGGCGGCAUGUUCUUUCGUGACAUGCUAAGUUUCUUGGGUUAUCAGAAGCCUGUAUUCAAUCUCUAUUAUUUCAGCGUUGCCAUCAUCGAAUGGUCAACCCUGUACUUUACUUUGUGGCCCCACAGCGGCGUGAUGAGUAGCGACGAUAUUCGCGCGGCAUUCCAUGGUAGCCUCCUUUAUCAGAAAGCCGAGGAAUACCAACAUGAAAUGGAGGUCGACAGUAAACGAAUAGGAUACGUGCACGGAAACGAGAAACGAUUUAGACCAGUCACAUUUGUGGUUGCUGUUAUUGCUAUAUUUGCUAUCUUGAUCUUGGCUGUGCAAAACUUCGCGAAUACUUCAUUGGACAGGCCGUCGCACUGGUGGAAGAAGAGCGGUUAUUAA